CACAGCCACACCUUUAGGCGCGAAUGCUGGCGGCAGAGAAGCCGCGCGCGUGUUGGUGCCCACCCGGGACUUGUAGCCGCGUAGGCGCGCUCAGGGCCACGAGUCGGUCACUGGGGCUCCCCGGCACGCGCCUCUUCCUGGUUUUCAACGUCGCUCGACCGCUCGACGCUUUGUCUUCCCCGCGAUGCACAACCGGAGGUGGAGAAAAAGGGAGAACGGAACUGAGUGGCUGUUCCAGGCAGCCAUUCCCCCUGUAUCUCUUUUCUCCGCCCUCUCCAACCCCUAGGCUUCUUUUUUGUUAUUGUAAUUUCCCCCCCCUCCAUCCACUCCCGUACGGAGUGGGAGGAGUCACUACAAGUACCCGCGGGAGCGGUUGUAAGAGCGCAACGGAGGGGCGCCUGCUGUGAGCUUUCGGCGCUGCACUGAGCUUUAAGCGCGCGGCAGGUCCCGCUUCGCUUCCCACCUCCUGAUCAUCUUCAGCGCCCCUUUUCUUCUCCUCCGUUCUUUUCUACGCCGGCUGCCACCGCCGUAGCAGAACUAUCCCCGGAUACCAGCUAGGUUCAGUCAAGAAGAUGUCUUGCCAGAAACUUGUCCAUUUUGGACAGCAGUUGUUUCGUCGGAAAGUGGUAGACUGUACAAGAGAAGAUAGCCGGCUCUCACGGUGCCUCAACACAUUUGACUUGGUUGCCCUUGGAGUAGGCAGCACCCUUGGGGCAGGGGUUUAUGUUCUUGCUGGAGCAGUGGCACAAGAAAGCGCAGGACCUGCCAUUGUCAUUUCCUUUCUGAUUGCAGCUCUGGCUUCUGUGCUGGCUGGACUUUGCUAUGGAGAAUUUGGUGCUAGAGUUCCAAGGACUGGAUCAGCGUAUCUGUAUAGUUAUGUGACUGUUGGUGAGCUCUGGGCAUUCAUUACUGGCUGGAACCUAAUUCUUUCUUAUGUCAUUGGAACAUCAAGUGUGGCCAGAGCUUGGAGUGCAACAUUUGAUGAACUUAUAGGCGAGCAUAUUGAGAAAUUCUUUCGGCGCUACAUGUCCAUGAAUGCUCCUGGUGUACUGGCAGGAUACCCAGAUGUCUUUUCUGUUUUCAUUAUCCUAAUCUUAACAGGACUUCUGACUUUUGGUGUGAAAGAAUCUGCAAUGGUGAACAAAGUGUUCACUUGUAUCAACGUCCUCGUCUUGGGCUUUGUGAUGGUGUCAGGUUUUGUGAAAGGCUCAAUUAAAAACUGGCAGAUCCCAGAAAAUCUCUCACUUUUGGAGAAUUCCACACAGAAUCUACCGCAUGGUGUUGGUGGGUUUAUGCCAUAUGGUUUUUCUGGAGUUCUUUCGGGGGCAGCCACAUGCUUUUAUGCAUUUGUGGGAUUUGACUGCAUUGCCACGACAGGUGAAGAAGUAAAAAAUCCUCAGAAGGCCAUUCCAAUAGGGAUUGUGGCUUCACUUCUGAUCUGCUUUGUUGCAUAUUUUGGGGUAUCGGCUGCUCUUACUCUCAUGAUGCCUUACUAUCUGCUUGAUAAAAAUAGCCCACUGCCAGUUGCUUUUAAGUAUGUGAAAUGGGAAGGCGCAAAUUAUGCAGUAGCUGUUGGUUCACUGUGUGCUCUUUCUACAAGCCUGCUUGGAUCCAUGUUUCCAAUGCCUCGGGUUAUUUAUGCCAUGGCAGAAGACGGAUUACUAUUCAGAUUUUUGGCUCGUGUCAAUGAGAAGACAAAGACCCCAAUGUUAGCUACAAUAACCUCAGGAGCCGUUGCAGCUGUCAUGGCCUUUCUCUUAGACCUAAAGGAUCUUGUAGACCUCAUGUCUAUUGGGACUCUUCUAGCUUACUCCUUGGUGGCCGCCUGUGUCUUGGUACUAAGGUACCAACCUGAGCAGCCUAACUUGGCGUAUCAGAUGGCUAGUACUACAGAUGAGACAGACAAUAAUGAGUCUGUGAGCACGAGUGAAUCUCAAACUGGAUUUCUGCCUGAGGAGGAAGAGAAAUUAUCUCUAAAAGUUCUCCUCCUCCCCCAGAAUACAGUUCCUUCCAAACUUUCUGGAUUUAUAGUGAAUUUCUCUACUUGUAUCAUAGGUUUUCUUAUUGUCAGCUUCUGCUGCUUGGCUGUCCUUGCCAAGGAGGCUCUGACCAGUGGAGCUAUGUGGGCCAUUAGCAUCCUUGUUGUCAUCUUCAUUGUCUGCUUUGUUUUCAUGGUGAUUAUUUGGAGGCAACCUGAAAGCAAAACCAAACUCUCAUUUAAGGUCCCUUUUCUUCCUGUCCUUCCAGUCCUGAGCAUCUUUGUGAAUGUUUAUCUCAUGAUGCAGCUGGACAGUGGCACCUGGAUACGGUUUGCCAUCUGGAUGGCAAUAGGCCUGGUUAUAUAUUUUGGCUAUGGCAUGUGGCACAGUGUAGAGGCAUCUUAUUCAGCACCAAUGGAUCAAGAAAGAAGUACAGAUAACAAUCUGGACACCUGUAAAUGAUAGCCCUCUUGCACAGAAGGGUAUUGAGCUAUUACUGCACAGCAGGAUGCUUUCUCUCUGGGACUCUGAAAUACUUUGUGUGUGUGUGUGUGGAAUAUCAGGUGGGCUCUCACAUCCCCUUUAACAUGGUGAUGCAGCUGGGAGGGAUCACAAGUCAAAAAAACCCUAGCCCCUGAUGAUACACUCCCAACAAUACUGUUACUUAGUGCUGACAGCUCUUUCUCUUCUCUGUCCUUUGAUUAGAAGUGUAUACAAAGAAAAUUGCUUUCCAGGGUGCCAACUUACUUCCAAUGUUGCUGUGAGAACAAGAUUCUCAGAGGCUUGCAAAUUAAGUCCUGGGUACUGGGAUGGAGCACAUGCUCUAUAAGGUUUCUUCAAAAUCAUCUCUACUACAGCACUAGAACUAAAGGGUUUUGUCUAAAACAAACCCAAACCAAAUCAUACAUAAACCCUCUUACAUGUUUAUAAAAUGUACCCACUUCCCAAGACUGAAAUGAAAAGAAAAGGAGUGGGUAGUGUUAUUUAAAUCUUGUGCUUAACAUUUUUAAACAGGAGGGGUGCCUGAGUUUUGAAACCCAGUUGUUGCCGCAACGGUGAACAACCAAGGCUUCCUGCAGCCCUCAAAGGCUUUUGUGCAAGCUGAAUUCCUCUCUUGUGCUUCAAGCAGCUGUGUAAAUGUGUAGUAGAGUCUGUGGCUCAUGAUAGAAUUGUUGCGUAGAAAGUAUGGCUUUCAGGUGUGCAGAUCUGCCAAAUCAAGGGCAACUGCUUGGUUGGGAUGCUGUUCACAUCUCAGAUCAGACAGUCCUGGCCAAAGGCAGGCCUUUCUCAUCCUUGUAUUUCAUCAUAACGUCGUGAGGUAGCUCUCCAAUUCUCCCAGGGGCUGAGAGAAAGCAACAGUUUCCUUUGAUAAAGAUGGAACUGAACACUGGGUUCUUGGGUCAAAAUCCAGCAUUGUCUUUACUGUUAUGUUUUAAGUAAGAAAUUUACAUUCAUAUUUUAUGAAGAAGGAAAGUUGUGACAAAUACAGCUUUUCUGGUGCAGAGUAGGAACCAGCUUUAGUUUUUGUCUGGCUGGAAUAUUUGGGACUAUGGAAUACAAGUUUCUCACCUUACACUGUUAGGUCUGACUUCCACAAAUAGGGCAUCAGAUUUAAAAUUAAAAGUGUGUUAAUGCCCCUGUUAGGCAAAGAUGGGACUGGGGAAAUCAUAGAAGAAUCUAUGCAGAGGGAGAGUCACCUCCUUCUAAAAAUGUGGCUUUCCAAAGGGAGGGGAAAAGUCCACACAUCAAAUAAUAUUGAUGCUUGCUGUUUUGAUUUGUGAAGAUAUUCAAGUAAAUAGUGUAGAUUAUUAUUGUAUUUUUUCUUUCACAUUGUUAACCUCAGAGGCUUGAAUUUAUUAUUAUGUGUAUGUGGUAUUUAUGUCUAGCCCCUUGAUGUGUUGCAUUUGAGCAAACUAUAUGGAAAACAAUGGCACUUAGAAGAAAGGAGAAUCAUUUCAUAGAGGGAUUAUGCUUAUUUUGUGUGAGGAAAUUUAGAAGGGGGGUAUUUAUUUAUGGCACUCCCUGUAUGUGUUUUGUCCAGGUUGCACCCUAGCAAUAACAUUAUAAGAUGUGAAUUUUGACUCAAGGUUUUCCCGCCACCAUGGCAAUUGCUGAGAAUUUCAGUGGUUAUAUCUACCUGUCUGGAAGGUUAAACAGAGCUGUUGCAGACAGUGCUGAUUCAGAUGGACCAAUGACUUGAUAUAGGGCAAUUCUAUUUAUCUGGUACAUCAGCAGCUUCCAUUUGCCAUCACAAAAGUCUGUGAAGGCCACAAUUACAGUUAUAUGAGGAUGUUCUUUUUAAAGGGCUUCAACGUUGAAUAAUUGACAAAUGCCCAACUUAGUCUGAAUCAGCCAGACCUUUAUCAGGUAAGCUGGCCAGGCUACUCAAGGUGGUUUGGGAGGCCCUUAUGGUUGGCUAGAAAAUGUUCCUUUCAUAUGAAAAUUUAUAUAUGACUUGAAAAUACCUAAAACUUUGCUGCUGGACUCUUCUUCUGAAUACCAUCUUACAGGUCACAUGCAGCCUUGUUUUAGAGUCUGUGAGUAAGAUGGAGCUAGUUUUGAACUCUUCACUAUUAACUGGAUCAGCCUUCCUUUGUGGAUUGUUUCACACAUGACAAAAGUCCUUUGCAGAAAUCUCUUCUGUGUGGUUGCAUUUCAUAUCAUCCAUGCUGGUUGUAACCUUGUACUUGUUAUUAAAAUACACCCUAAUGCAACACUGCCUUUGAAAAUGGCUUAGAAAGCUGUUGUCAGACUUCCUACAAAAGUCAAAUACUUGGUUAUUAAAGUGACUUCUAAUUUCUCCAUUUCUGUUCUUAUUAAGUAGAUAAAUCUAUACUGCAUGUGGGCAGAGGAUGAAACUGAAAACGGCCUGAAGAAUUCUCAAUUUGGCAAUUGCAUUUGCAAAACACAGUAAAUCCAUACAUUAUAAUUUAGUGUGGUUGGGUUGCAGCAUUUAGUAUACUUCAUUUUUAAACUACCAUGGAAAAUAGUAUUAGAAAAAGCCUUAAAACACCAAGCAUCAUGUUUUAUCCUGUAUGCUACAUGCAUGCAGUAGAAAGCUAUUGUUCCUUUUCAGAUGUGGCAUUCAUGGAGAUGAUUUCAGAAGGAAAUUCGGUCAUGUGUGAAGGAAUCUUGAGAACACUUUUUCACAUAUACACUACUCAUGGAAAAGAUCACAUAUUAACAAAAACAGUAUCCUAGGAUAAUGGGCCUCAAGUCUCAUCUUCAGCUUUCACAGUUCCCACAGACUGGGAAUUAUGGGAGCUGAAGUCUGAUCCAUCCCAACGUCAUCAAGAUGAGAGACAUUGUUCUAAGUAAGGCUGAUACAUAUCCAAGACUUACAUAAGGUUUGCUUUUCCUCUCACUUGAGAUUCUACAAGACGAGGUAUUGGGCCUUUCUGGGAGAAGGACUUGCUGAGAGCCUCUUGUGGGAUAUUCUGACUAAUGCUAGUUGCUUCUGUCUCUAUGGGGAGGUUUCAAGCUCCUGGUCCUAUUCAGGGAGCAAGACAGGGAGUAGAGAGCAAAUUUCCUUUUCCCUGUAGUCAAACCCUGGGCCAGUAAGUAAACAAACAAAUGAAAACCCCAAAAACAGCUGUACUGCCUCUAGUACUGAAACCCAAACAGAGAAACAUACAAAAGCUUGAGGUCUAGUGGUGAAAACCUGAAUGAUGCUGCUGUAAGUUUGCUAGAGUGAAGUAUAGACUGGCAUUUAUUUGAGCUGGUCUUUGUAAAUACAUGAGUAACUAUUAUUUUGUUUUAAUAUGAGGAUUAUUUUGUGUAGCUGCUAGGACACUUUCCUUUCUAUAAAAUCAUAUUCUAAAGUGUUUCUAAAGACUCAUGGCUCUCCCAAAGAAAAUGUACAGUUUUUCUCUGUAAGGGAAGGACCUAUCAAAAGUUGUGUUUUUGAAUCUAAGAUAGUCACUGCUACUUUCAGGAACUGCCUGCUUUAAAAUCUUACUAGGUUUUUAUUAGCAUAAGCCCAAAUUUGCAAGCUCUGUGUGUGUGCAAGUAAAAAAAAGUUACUUUAGGUAGCUUGAUAGUCUUGAAAUGCAUUUGAAUUGCAUCUCUUAAAACUGGUGUAGUAUUCUGAAAUUUUUAAUUCUCCAUAUCUGGAGGAUAUCUAGUUGGGAAUAAGUGUUGCUUCUUAAUGCAACAAGGGGAAACACGUGCAACAUGAAACAAAGUUGACAAUUUCUACUUGAUCAAGCCAUUACUCUAAAAGUCAGUUUUACUAAGUCAUAUUUAUGCACAAUAAUCUCCAAAUUAAUUCCAGUUGCAGAAAAGUAUGCAUUGAUAAGCUUUUCAGGAGCAACAGAUUGCUUGUUCUUAGUUCCUUCUGAAACCAACGGCAGUUAUCAGAAGUCUGGUAGCACCUUUUUCAACUAAAGGCAGAACCUUUUGAACAUGUUCCGACUCCUGCUUUUUUGCUGCUGUAGACUCACAUGGUUUUUUUCUUCCAAUGGCAUUUAUGUAUAUUCUAUUCAUACACAUUUGAAACUUUUAUAUUGUGAACUAAGAUGCAAUCUAUUUUGUUAAUUAUUUCAAAAAGUUUUACAAUUGUGUUCAAAGCGUUUUAUUUAAAUUUGUAUAUUUUGGUAAUUAUUUCUGCCUUUUGUGUUCAGUCAUCAUAUCCACUUUUACCCAGCGCAUUGAGAAAUGAGAGAAUUUUCACCAGCACUCAACAAGCAGUAAAAAUUUUAACCUAGUCAGUAAAAACUUGCAUCUCAUCAACAGUUUUCAGUUUUCUAUUCUUAUUUUCAUUAAUCCUCCAAUCAAUGCCUAUGUUGUUCAUGGAACCAUGUUACAAACACUGGAUCAUAAAAUAGUCUGAAAAAAAUCAGGAUUUUUAAUUCCUUCCCUUCAAGCCAUUUUUUAAAACAAAUACUUCAUUAAAUAUAUUUAUCAAUUUGUGAAUAGAUAAUUAUGAACAGGAGGCAGCAGCUUAUAAGUGGCUUGCUUCAAAUGUAGAAUCAAUAUGUUUUCAAGGGUGUAUGAACAGAAAAACUAUGUUCAGAUAUAUGCGGUAACAGAAUUUGUAUUAUCACUCACUUUAGUAGGAACAGAUUCCAUAUUACCUUCAUUGUGUUACAAUAUUGAAGACUGGGUGAACAUCCUAUAUAUGUCCCAGUUUGAAUGUGUGUGUGACAUUAUAUCAUUGCCCAUUAUCUUAUUGGGGGGUAGAGGAGAGAAAGGAUUAUAUUUAUAUGUGACUUUCCCUGUUAAACAGCUGAUCAUCACUUUUUGUCAUUUUCUGAUAAUUUGCAUAUAUCUACACACAUGCACACAUACACGCAGAGCCUGCACAGCGUGAGCAGGUGGUUGUAGAAGGAACUGUUUUUCUCUGUCAUUUGCAUGUACUAGAUUUCUCAUCUAACAAGGGAUGUGUUUCCAUAGCUGUGUGCCAUAUUUGGCAAGGUCAAUGUGCUUCAUGUAUAUGAUGCUAUCUCAUUUAAUUGCUAAUUGCAAUCUGUUGCCUUUUAGUAUGUAUCUCUGAUUUUACUAUGUGGUAUAUUUACAGGGUAACAAAAUAGUCUUAUUUAAGUUGUGCAAAAGGAGUUCUUAAACUAUGCGAUGGACCUCUUCUGCAUUUACCAAAAUUCAAAAGAAUGUUGUACAGAUGCUACUUUUGGGUAUAAAUUCUUACAAAAGGAUUCAUACAUGCAGCUUUGACUGUGGUAGAGUUAAACAUAUAUGAAGUAGACUUUUUUUAGAAAGGAAGAGAAUGCAGUAAAGUUCUAUGGAUGUUUAUCUUCACUGUAAUUAGAACUUUGUAGUUAGUUGAAGCUGCAGUCCUAAAAACACCCUCUCAAGGGAUAAAGCGCUAUUGAAAAUAGUAAACCUUGCUUCUGAGAAAUUGUGCGUAGGAUAGUGCUACAUAUUUAAAUGCUGUAUACUACUGAAAUGAUAUUGUUGGUGCCUUCUUGUGAUACUGAGGGAAGUGCAAGAACUUUAGAAAAACUUAACAUGGAAAUAUCAGUAACUUUUUUCCCAACCUCUUAUUGCAGGGUUCCACAGUCUGCUGCCCUUUAUGUGUAUUGGACUAAAACAAUAUGGCCAGUGGGCACCAGGUUGGGGAAGCAUGUUUUUACUGUUUGGUAAUAAAUUCAUAGUAGAUGGUUCCCCAUUGCAGAAAUGGUUAAUAUUUGGUAAUAGGAUUGUGCAAAGCAUUUGAAGGAGAUGGCUUGCAGAGAACCUUUCAAGUAUGAAUGCAGACACAGCCUUCAUAAGGCUUGUAUGACUGGUUUGAAGGCUGUCUCUGUUCAUCUGCGUGUGUGUGCAGAGAUCACACGGCAGGACCAUCAGAAAGCUGUGAAUGUAAAGAAUGUAAAUGCAUGUAAAGACAACCAGGGCAGCUUUUGAAGCAGCUGGGUAGCCUUGCAAAGGGUUUUUUGUUUUUGCAAUAGUAAUGUACUUUGUAAGCUACCACUUCCACGUGCUUUGCACAGCUCUGUUUGUUAGAGAGACCCAUGAUAAGAAUACAUCCUGUAACACUCCUUAUUUCUGAAGCAGAGGCCAAACCUUAUGGAAACAGUGCCUGUUUAAAAAAAAAAUCCAAACCGAGAAUUCCUCAGGGUAUAUUUUCUCAUUCUUCUUGGCACAUGUCCGAAGAAAAAUCCUAUCAAGUUUAUUAAGUUUCUAGAUGGUGAGGGAUCUUAACCAGAUCACACUCAUGCCUCGUUUUGCAAAUGAUGGAAGGGUAGUGACUGGCGUGCCUGAUAAAAUGAAGGGGUUCCUCUCUUUUUGAUGUGCCUUUCAAUGUACGUCUGCUCUCAGGAGUACAAAGAAUCAACGUGGCACUGUUUGGGGUUGUAUGUUACAAUCUGUUGGAGAAUAUGGUGGUUUCUUCAGGAAUACCCACCUUUUGCUAACCAAGAAGCCAUGAAAAUAAUUUGUCCAUAUUUUUACUGAGUAAAAUGUAUAUAAGUUUUUCUUCUAUUUUUCUAAUGAUUUUUCUCAGAAUUUAUAAUAGGUUCGGAUACAGUUAUUUGAACCGUGAUCCUAUCUGAUGCUUUUCCUUCUGCCUCUUGAGUGGAGCGGCUUUGUUUGGAUUUUGGUUUCUCCCUUCCUUCAAAUACGAAGCUUUGUUUUUUUGCUUGAAUUAUGAAACUUUAUCCAGAGCAUGACCUCUGCUUCAAUAACAAACCUCUGUUGAGCGAUGCUGUAAAUAUCUCCCUUUGGAGAGUGAAGUUUUUGCUUUUGUUUUUUUUUGUUUUACUUUAGGGUUGUUCUAAUAAACGUGUUUCUGUUGAAUAAAUCAGCGGCAUGUAAUUGCUGUUCUGUGUAAGAACCCAACUUCUGACUUUUGCCUUUUGGUUUUCAAUUCCUUAGUAACGCUAAAUAGCUUUUGUGCCUCUUAAGACUGCUG